AACGCAAAAUCGUUACCAUUACCGUAUUCUUUGUGAAUUGAUACGUUUCAAUUCAAACGUGCGGUAGCGCGGGAGCCAAAAGAGGAGAAACUAACGGUCAACCAACAGAAAUCCAAAAGCUCUCAAACACCCAACAACUCCGUUCCCUAAUCCACAAACACAUCAAAAUCCCACCGACACAUAAAUUUAAAAAAAAAAACGAAAAAAAAAUAGGGGGAGAAAGAAGAAUCUACAGAGGAAAAAUAGAUCAAGAGGAGGGAGGAAUGGGAGGCUGCUACUCCUCCCAAUCCUCCAACCUCUCUGACGAGUCCAAGAGCCGCCGCUGCCUCCCCUCCAUCUCCUCCUCUGACCACGUCGACAACCUCGAUGACAUUGAGUGCAUCGACCUCGUCGCUGCUGCCGCCAAACCCUACUCCACCUCCAUCCUCAGAAACCCUUCCUCCGGCGAAGAAUUCCUCUGCAGGUACCAGCUCGGGAAGGAGCUCGGCAGAGGCGAGUUCGGCGUCACGCGAAGAUGCACGGAUAUCGAGACGGGCGAGAAGUUCGCUUGCAAGACGAUAUCAAAGCUUAGGCUGAAGAACUGUGUGGACGCCGCCGAUGUGAGGAGGGAGGUGGAGAUUAUGAGGCAUUUUCCGAACCAUCCGAAUAUUGUGCAGCUUAGAGAUGCUUAUGAGGAUGAAGAGGCUGUGCAUUUGGUGAUGGAGUUGUGUCAGGGAGGAGAGCUUUUUGAUAGGAUUGUUGCAAGGGGGCAUUAUACGGAGAGGGCUGCUGCUGGUGUCGCCAAGACAAUCAUUGAGAUUGUUCAGGUGAAGAACAGAAGUAACACAGAGAGGGCUGCUGCUGGUGUCGCCAAGACAAUCAUUGAGAUUGUUCAGGACUAA